AUGAGGCUUGAAACCGGAUUCAGUGGGACGAGAAGCCUAAUAGAUGCAUCGCCUAAGUGGUGGGAGGAGAAAAUAAAGGAGAAUAAAGAAUAUGCUAAAUUUCGGAACAUGGAUUUGAGCAUAUUUAAUAAGAAAUAUGCUCUUUUGUUUCGGGAUUCCGUUGCUAUUGGAGAUCAGACUAUGAAUCCGUUACAAUUUCAAAACAAUACCACUCUGAAUGAAGAAAAUAUCGAGGGCAAAGGAGAUAGUGAUGAAAUCAAUUUAGAUGAUGAUGAGCCUCUUUUCCUAGUUUCCAUGAAAGUAGUUCAAGAUUGCAUUGGUGUUAUAGAUGGGACACACGUUAGGGCAUCAGUUCCACAAAAAGAGGAAGCAAAGUACAUUGGUCGAAAGGGAUAUGCAACACAAAAUAUAAUGGUUGUUUGUGAUUUUAACAUGUGUUUCACAUUUAUAUGCGCCGAUUGGGAGGGGAUUGCACAUGACACAAAAAAUUUCAAUGAAGCCUUACAGAGACCAGAUCUUCAUUUUCCAUAUCCAACGGGUGAUAAAUAUUACAUUGUUGAUGCCAAAUAUCCAAAUACCAGAAGGUAUCUUGCUCCAUACAAAUACGCAAAUAUUCAUUAUCACUUACCAGAUUUUCAACGUGGAUACACGACUACUAUUCGUGAACCUCGCGGACCGAUGCGUUUCACAUUUGUAUGGACUAGUUGGGAGGGGGUUGCACAUGACACAAGAUUUUUCAAUGAAGCCUUACAGAGACUAGAUCUUCAUUUUCUAUAUCCAACUGGUGAUAUCCAAAUACCAGAUGGUAUCUUGCUCCAUACAAAGGCGCAAAUAUUCGUUAUCACUUACUAUAUUUUCGACGUGGACACACAGCUACUAUUCGUGAACCUCGGGGACCGAAACAGAAAUUUAACUAUUUCCACUCAUCAUUGCGAAAUAUCAUUGAACGAACUUUUGGAGUGUGGAAAGUUAGAAGCGUUUGCCAAACAUGAGUUGGAGAACAAGACCAAGGUUGAAUCUUGGAGAAAAACCCUUGUGGAUGCAAGUAACAUUGCUGGGUGGGAAUCCAAGGACAUUGCCAACAGGCAUGAAUCCAAGUUUAUCAAAGAAAUUGUCAACACAAUUUUACCUAUCUUGCAUCCAGUAACUUCAAGUGUGAAUGACAACCUGAUUGGAAUAGAGACUCGCAUGCAGCGUUUGAAAUCAGAGUUAAAAAUCGGGUCAGGUGGUGUGAGUAUGAUUGGAAUAUGGGGGGUUGGAGGUGGUGGUAAGACUACUCUUGCAUCUUCUAUUUAUAGUGAAAUCUCCAGCAACUUUGAUGGUUGCUGCUUUGUUGAAAAUAUUCGAGAGAAAUCAACUUUGAUGGACUUACAAAGGAGUGAAGAACUGGGACACCACAUUGUUCGAGGGGAAGACCCUAACUAUCCUGAGUUACAUAGUAGAGUCUGGAAGAGGGAAGAUGUUCUAACAAUAUGUGCUAUGGAUGCAACCACGGAAGUUGACAUGAUUGAAGCAAUAAGAUAUGAUUCUGGUACUAUAUAUGGAUUAUCACAUCUUCCUCCAGUUGUUGCAAACACGAAGAACCUUAGGUGGAUUGAUUGGCAAGGUGAUCUUGCAAGUCCAUUGCUUACUAAAUUUCCACAAAGAAAGCUUUGUUGUCUAAUAUUGCACGACAGUUUGCAAAAACAACUUUGGGAGGGUUAUAAGAAUCUGCCAACUUUAAAAAUCAUAGAACUUUAUGGUUUGGAUAACCUACUCAUCACACCUGAUUUUCGUGGACUUCCGAAUCUUGAAAGAUUCAAACUCAUUGCAUCUUCGCAUUUAGAAGAGAUUCAUCCAUCGAUUGGACAUUUGGAAAGGCUUGUUUUCUUAUCUAUAGAAACUUGUUCCAGACUUAAGAGGUUUCCACCCAUUACCCGACUAAAGAAACUCAAGACCCUUUCAUUCUCAGAGUGCCCUGGACUUUUUAAGCUCUCAGAGAUCCAACAAGAGAAGAUGGACAAUUUACCACAUCUUCAUUUAGAUAGUAGUGGUGUUACAGAAGUUCAGAAACCAGGAAAGGGCAUUAAUGUAAAAUAUUGGUUAGAGGGGUCUUCUUUACCUCGUAACAACAUGAACCACAUACGAUUAUGCUUUUUUCGCAGAGACUUAAGAACGUUGAAUCUCAGCUUGUGCAAUUUGGGAGAUGAAGACAUCGGCUCUUCUGUUUGGGAAUUGCCCAACUUGCAAGAACUCGAUCUUUCAGCAAAUAGGUUUUCACGAUUAUGUUUUAGUCUCUUGAGACUUCCGAGGCUCAAAUUUCUCAAUGUGACAAACUGCCUAAGUCUUGCAGAAUUGUCAGAGCUCCCAUCAAGUAUAGCUAUUCUAAUGGCGGAUGAGUGUUGGUCACUUGAAAGAUUUGGAGAUAUUUCAAAGUGUAAAUGGUUGUGGAAACUCUCUCUUCAUGCUGGGUACAAAGUAGGUCCACUUGGUGGUGACUUAUUACUACACUCCAUGCUCCAGGGAAAUGCUAUUGAAGAUCAUUGUAUCAGUUUCACUCUUCAACAUCAGAGUUCAAAGAGUUUUGUAGGUAGGCCUUUUAGGGGGAACACGUUUACACUGCCUCUUCCACAUGAUUGGUACAAUGAGUACAGUGGGUUCUUAAUACGGGUUCUUACAAAUGACAAACUUCCGAAUAUUAAUAUAAUCAUCAAGCAGGAGGCGGCUGAAGAUCCUCCAUUUGAGCUUUGGCAGGGGUCCAGUGAAGCAGUGGACCCUGAGUAUGAUGAUGGGAUAACAUUCGUAGGAUAUGUUUCCUUUAGUUCGUUGAGUCACACAACAUCAUUGAAUUCAACAUACAAUAUGAUCUCAUUCUCUAUGGAAGAUGUGAAAUGGAGUUUCUUUGAAUUUGAAAGUUAUGUUGGAGUUGAGCUCGUUCCUAGAAAAAGUAAAUAUAAGCCGGUGCAAACAACCAAAGACACUAAAGAUUGCUCAGAAUUUUGGGAUGAGUACGAUGGUUAUAGAAGGACAUUUAAAAUCCAACAACAUUCAAAGUCGUCUAUCGAGAUUUUAUGGCAACCUUAG